UCUAAAUCAGUUAUCCUGAUAAACAAUGCAUUAACCCGAGCAAAUACUAAAACCAAUUUUAUCCAAUUCACAACACUACGUCCAAUUACGUGAAAUAAGAAUUCUUAUCCUAUUGUAGUUCGGUGAAGUUACGUGAGUUAAACUUAUAAAAGUAUUCGGAUUCAUGAAACUCUAUAUAUACCGGAUGCCCAACGAACAGACGAAACAUAAUUUUAUUCCUCCAUUCAUAUACAGAGAUCAGAGAAAAAAUCAUAAAUUUAAUCGUAGGGUGAAGAGAAGAAAAGAAGUGAAAACAUGACUGAAUUACAGAACGAAGUAGUAGAUUGUGAAAGUCAGCAAGAAGUAUCGGAUUAUGCAAAGAGUAUCAAUGAUUGGCUUCCCGUGACAUCGAGCCGGAAAGCAAAGUGGUGGUAUUCUGCUAUUCAUAACAUCACUUGUAUGGUUGGGGCUGGUAUUCUUGGUCUUCCAUAUGCCAUGUCUCAACUUGGAUGGGGUCCUGGUGUGACAGUAUUAGUAUUAUCAUGGGCAAUAACAUUUUAUACACUAUGGCAAAUGGUGGAAAUGCACGAGAUUGUUCCAGGAAAAAGGUUCGAUAGAUAUCAUGAGUUGGGUCAAUAUGCUUUCGGUGAAAAAUUGGGGCUAUGGAUUAUAGUGCCACAACAAUUAAUGGUGCAGGCAGGUUGUGACAUCGUUUAUAUGGUGACCGGAGGAAGAUCAUUGAUGAAAUUCUAUAACAUUGUUUCGCCGAAUGGAACACCCAUUAAGCUUUCCUACUUCAUCAUGAUAUUCGCUUCUGUACAGUUCUUUCUAUCCAACCUACCCAACUUUAACUCUAUUACUACAGUCUCUUGUGCUGCUGCUGUUAUGUCCCUAAGCUAUUCAGCAAUUGCUUGGAUAGCUUCAGCGAUCAAGGGAGUAGAACCAGAUGUUUCAUAUGGAAAUAGAUUCUCAACAACACCAGGGCAAACGUUCGGGUUUUUGAGCGGCUUAGGAACUAUGGCAUUUGCUUUUUCAGGCCACAAUGUUGUGUUAGAAAUCCAAGCCACAAUCCCAUCUACUCCUGAAAAACCAUCCAAAAAACCAAUGUGGAAAGGAGCUUUUGUUGCAUACAUAGUUGUGGCAAUAUGUUAUUUUUCAGUAGCUUUUGUGGGCUACCUUGUGUUUGGUAACACGGUUGAUGAUAACAUUCUAAUCUCACUAGAGAAGCCGGAUUGGCUGAUUGCUGCUGCCAAUCUAUUUGUUGUUAUUCAUGUUAUCGGAAGUUAUCAGGUCUUCGCAAUGCCGGUUUUUGACAUGCUUGAAUCUUUCCUAGUGUUGAAACGGAAAUUCAAACCUAGUAGGACUCUUCGCAUUGUAACCCGUUCUUCCUAUGUUGCGCUUACCAUGUUUAUCGGGAUAGCAUUCCCGUUCUUUGGCUCACUUCUCAGCGUGUUGGGGGGAGUUGCUUUCGCACCCACAUCCUAUUACAUACCUUGUAUAAUAUGGCUCAUUAUAUGCAAACCCAAGAAAUACAGUUUGUCUUGGUUCUGUAAUUGGUUUUGCAUUAUAUUUGGGGUAGCGCUAACAAUUUUGGCACCAAUCGGAGCUAUAAGGGAGCUUAUAAUUGAGGCCAAGAGCUACAAAUUUUUCUCAUAGUCACUUAUUAUAUUAGAUUUGUAGUGUUAGAUUUUUUGAUUCAGCAAUUUACAUACUAUACUUUUGAUUCAUAGUCACUUUACUUUUUUUGAUUCAGCUAUGAACCCUGCCACUUCUAAUGG